UCAUUUAGCCUUUUCUCUCUUUCAUUGACUCUAGUUUCUCAUUAUUAUUUCAGUAAUCAUUGAUAGUGACAUUCAUAGUGAUCAGGAGUGAUGUGACAGAGCAGCAUCUGAUGACAUGGCUAAUAAGGUUGUAAUUUUAGCAACAUCUUUGCUCUUUCUUUCUUGUAGUCGCCCACAAACUGCCAGUGAGGGGGACUCUGACAAAUGUUGUUUUAAGGUUGAUGAGAAGACUAAACAGAUUAUAGACAGUGAUGGUAAAGCAAGACUCUUUCAUGGUGUGAACAUUGUGUUCAAGUCAUUUCCAUUUCAUCCCAACAAUGGUAGCACAUUUGAUCCAGAGUAUUCACUGAACGAAGAGGAUAUUCAGUUCCUCUCUGAUAAUGGGUUUAACGUCGUUAGGUUUUAUGUUGCAUGGCCUGGAGUAGAACCAGUCAAAGACCAGUACAACAGUACCUACCUGGAUGUUAUUGAGGAUUUUGUGAACAAGCUGGGAAAGAAAGGGAUAUACUCAAUCCUGGAUUGUCACCAGGACCUUUGGUCUAGAAAAUUUUGUGGUGAAGGAGCGCCUGAUUAUGCUGCACUUUAUGAGAAUCGUUCUAUCAAGCCACUUCCUUUCCCAGAGCUAUUUCCUCAGCUUAGUCCUUUCAAAGUGGACCCUGCCACCGGAUAUCCUUAUCCAAAGGACUGUCAAAAGCAUAGCUUCUUUACGUAUUAUUUUAGUGAUGCUGUGGGGAAAUCAGUGCAAAGCUUGUUUGACAAUGAGCAGGAUAUCCAGGAGAGGUUUGGAUUGUUCUGGGGCAAAGUUGCUCAAAAGUUUUCUAGCAAUCCUUAUGUACUAGGAUAUGAAUUAUUGAAUGAGCCAUGGGCUGGUGAUAUAUACAGUCACAUUGAUCAGACUGAACCAAGUGUUGCUGACAAAAAGAAUCUUCAGCCAUUGUAUUCAAAGCUACACAAUGCCAUCAGACAAUACGACACUGAGCAUAUCAUAUUCUUUGAGCCAACAGUCAUAUUCACUAGUCUUCCUGAUAAAAAGUUCUCAUCUACAGGAUUAACAGAAGGUCCAGGAGGUCCAGACUACAAUGACAGGCAAGUCUAUUCUUACCACAUGUAUUGCAUCAUAAUGGACAGUAUGGGCCAGCCUUCAAAUGCAUUUCUCUGUGACCUGUUGGAUGAGGACCUGUUUAACAUAAGAAUGUCAGACUUGCAGAAACUAUCCACUGGAGGCUUUAUGACUGAAUGGGGAGCAUAUACUGCAUUGUCCCCUGGUUCUGCUGCAAUGAGUGAUGCUCUUGAGUUAAUGAAAUUAGCUGACAGUCAUUUGCAGUCGUGGUCCUACUGGCAAUAUAAAGGGUAUGGUGAUUUUACAACACAAUCAGACACUGAUGAAGGCCUGUAUUACAAGAAUGGCACUGUCCAAGCUGAGAAACUAAAACUUCUCUCCCGCACAUAUGCCCAUGCUGUGUCAGGGCGAUUCCUUAACACUUCAUUUGAUCAAGUUACUUCAAAGUUCUCACUGACAUUUGAAGCUGAUACUUCAGUUAAGAGUACAACCGAUUGCUUGAUAUACCUCAAUGAGAAACUGUACUAUCCAAAUGGGUACAAUGUCAUUGUCCAUCCUAAUGCAUCAAUGAAAGUUUUCAAAGCUCCUAAUCAAGUAACUCUUAAUUUCACCAGCGAUGCAAUAGAUGGACAGGCUAUCAUGGUGACUAUAGAUUUGAACUGAUCAUGAAUUUGAAUUUGUUGAUUUGUUUUUUUUAUAGAAGUGGCUGUUUUUGUUCUAAAAAUAAGUGAUUAUUUUUAA